AUUAACAUCGGCCCAUCUCCUGGGCGCCAUUUCCCUUCUUCUUAACGUGAGCGACCAGCGAGAUGUUAGCGUGAAGGUGACAGGCGCUAGGAAAGUAAAAGCAGCCGAAAUGUCUUGGUCCUUUGUAGCGAGGAGGCUGUUCUGUGCUGCGGCAGAGACAGCAGCCUCUCCGGCCUCAACCAGCCGCUGGGAAAGACUGAAGAACAGUAAAGCGGGAGUGUGGUGUCGCAGCUUGGUCUCUGACUACAAAGAGGCGUGUCGGGAGAUGGUUGUUGGUGCUUGGGAGCGACCGGUCAAAGCCUCUGUAUAUGUGUCUCUGCUGGGCGGGGCCUGGGCCUGUUUCUACACAAAACCUGAUGACUCAUCUUUUGACGCCACCCUUGUGGAGUACUCCAAUCAGCUGGGUCUGCUGUCACCGUGGAUCCGCAGCGGGCCCUCUGACGGCCACAUACAGAGUCUAGUUAAGCUUCGCAAUGAGGGCCGGCUGCGCCACGCCAGCCUGGGUCUUCUCUCUCUGGUUUACCACGCCGACUACGACCCCGACACCACACUGUACGAAGCCCAGUGCUCCAAUCUGUCAGUACCCUGGAGGGAGCUCCCCCAGCGGGUACUGGAUGUUGGCUUCGCAGGCCGCUGGUGGAUCCUGGACUCAAAGAUGAAGGACUUUGACGUGAACGAGGAAGAGUUCAAGCAGCUGCCGGAGCACAUGCGGACAACAUUGCCACCCAGUGUUCAGGAGGUGGAAAGGAACGAGAGGUUGCACAAAGAGUCGUGGUUAGCGCUGAAAAUGGAAGACGAGGAGAAAGAAACAAAUGUAGUGGUAAAGAAAGAGGACAGUGUCAGUGAAGAGAGCCAAAUAAAAUCACUGGAAGAGGAACAGACUCAAGCUUAAGUGUUGUGUGGAACAGACAUAUCACACAGCAAAGCAAAACCAUGCUGGACACAAAACUGUAGCGAGGUCAUUAUUCACAUUUUUCAUGCAGUGUUGGAUUCUACAAACCACUGUUAGCUUAAUGUUUAUCAGCUAUGAACUGUCCAAACUGUUUACUGUCACCACAAGCUGCUAACAAAAAAAGGAAAUGCUCUCUCUUCAAAGUGUAAACAGCCCUUCAAAAUAAUUAGUUUUGUUUUUAUUUAUUCCAACAUGUUUUUUUGUUUCUCAGAAAGUUUUUCAAAUCAUUUAUACCAUGUCCCAUGUGUCAAUAAAUCUGUCAGCUAAAGCCA